GAUGACGUGUUACUCGGGUCCUUUGGACUUCCGGGUCUGUGUGUACUGUGGUGAGGAAUCCAUCUAGCCAGAAAAGAUGUCUAAAGUAACGUUUAAAAUCACACUGACGUCGGAUCCUCGACUACCAUACAAAGUACUCAGCGUCCCAGAGAGCACCCCAUUCACCGCAGUGUUAAAGUUUGCCGCUGAGGAGUUCAAAGUGCCCGCAGCAACCAGCGCCAUCAUCACAAACGAUGGGAUCGGAAUCAACCCGGCACAGACGGCAGGCAACGUGUUCCUGAAGCACGGCUCGGAGCUGAGGAUCAUUCCCCGGGAUCGCGUGGGAGGGAACGGACGGACGGGCAGCACGACGCCACAGUGACUCACCCGCAUGGACCCCUGUAACCUCCAGUACCACCGCGACGACUCAUCAAACCUAGGAAAUACCCCAGACAUCGCUUCUCGGUUAUUUUUUCUUUUGGUUUAAUUGUAGUUUUUUCUUUCUUUCUCCCCUAUAUUUAUUUUUAUCUGCAGUGAGUCACCUGUAUGGAAGCUUUUCAAAUGCCGCGCAUGUAUAGAUAUGAACGGACAGCAUGCCAGUGGAAGUGUGUAUGUCUGAACACUGCUUUGGCAGGGUUUCAGUCAAGCAGGGUCGCUCUUAACUGCACGGGAAAGGUAUAGCUGUAACAAUGCGAAAACUCUUGCAAAAAAUAACGAGCAUGGAGUUGGCAUUGCUAAAUGUUAUACCUUUUUUUUUGGACAAUAAAACAUACUACUACGUGUGUCUAACCAUCA